AUGGCAGAGAUCCGUCAGCGCAAGGGUAAAGGCCCCGCGAGGGAUGACGUUCGAACUGCUAUAGUCGAGGAGCUAGAUACCUCGGAGUCGGACACGCCCGCGCCCAAGCAACCCAAGCCCAAGCGUAAAACUAAGGAGCUCGUCAACGACGAUGAAGAGUAUAGUCCGUGGCUAGACGUCCUACGUGUGCUCUCGUUCCUAUUCUUCGCAUCUUGUGGCCUUAGCUACCUCGUUUCGGGCGGAGAGACUUUCUUCUGGAGCAUGCGGGCGCCACCCAAGUACAUACAGCUAGACUGGUGGAAGAGCCAAUUGCGCGGUCCCAUAUACCUAACCCCCGCCGAGCUCGCUCAAUACGACGGCACCGACGAGUCCAAGCCCAUCUACCUCGCCAUCAACGGCAGCAUCUUCGAUGUAUCAAGCAACCGGCGAACUUACGGCCCGGACGGCUCGUACCGAUUCUUCGCAGGCUCCGACUCAGCGCGGUCCUACGUAACGGGGUGUUUCGCCGAGGACCGGACGCCUGACAUGCGGGGAGUCGAAGACAUGUUCCUACCACUAGACGACCCGACGGUAGACUCACACUUUACGCCGACAGAACUCGCCGCGCUCAAGAAGAAGGAGCUAGAGGAGGCAAGACAGAAAGUCCACGAGGGCUUGUUACAUUGGGUCCGUUUCUUUGAGAAUAGCCCUAAAUACCCUAAGGUCGGAUACGUUAAGAAGGAUAAGAACUGGUUAGACAAGGAGCCGAGGAAGAAGUUGUGCGAUGCGGCGGCGAAGGGUAGGAAGCCGAGAAAGAUCCCUGGCUCUGAAGAAUAA